AUGCAACUAGAAUAUAUGGAGUUGCUGGAUGCACUUACCAAAGAACAAACCAUGGAAGCCUAUGAAAUGAUGGAUGAAACUAUGAGAAACUUUAGUUUUGAUAACCCCCAAGGCCUAGAAUAUUUUUUAGAUAUAUUAAAAGAUGUUAGCCUGGAUAACAAUUCGAAUGAUGAUAACUAUAAAGAAGUUAUAUAUUGGCCCUUGUAUGUUCAAUCAGCUUCACCUAUGGAGAAGAAGAUCGAUGCAGAGAAACUUCUCCAGGACCUGAUUUCCAAAUAUGAUACCAUAGCAAAGAA